UGCCCUCGAGCUAAGUUUGAGAUAAUAGGGGACUCUCCCUUAGCCGUCUUUUGCGCUAUCUUUAAUUCGGUUGUGACUGAUCUUCACAAUGUCGCCCAUUUAUUAAGUCUGCUUGGAGAGAGCUGAUAUUAUGCCCAUUUAAUCCUCAGAAAGUGCUUCGUAUGGUUGAUAGACCGGGUGGCUGGUAUUGCCCGCUUUCAGCUACGAACUUGUCGACCCUGAGAGAUUUACGUAGGGAGAAAUGCCUCGUCGCUACGGUAAAAUCCCCUCAGCCAAUGGGACCCCGCACCAAGCGAACCAAUCAGGGCCAUUUAUGCAAGAUAUCAGGGGAAGUCAACCGCUGUCCGAGUCGUCGGUGUUGGCGUGGUUCGAAUCCAUAUUUCCCGUAGUUAGUCUGCAAUGCCUUCCAAUUCAGUAGUGCUUGUCCAGUCAUUUUCUGCGGGCAAGGCUUAAAAUCCCUCAAGCGUUACCUAAUCGAUGUAUGGUGCAGGAUACAGCUCUCACUAGAUGGCAAAGAUGUAACAGAAAUCGAGCAAUUGUCGAUGGUAAUAGCUAGAAGAAUGUGGCGCACUAUCACAAAAAAGAAAGGUCUAAGAAUUUCGAAUAGUCUAUAAGACUGUUCUCCAUCCAGGGUCUGAUAAAAAGCCUGGAUAUAAGACAAAGAAAGACCCGCCAAUUCUUGCCACAGCCUCUCGACAAAGCUCUCGUUUCUUUCCUAGAAGCAGGGCAAUUCUGCUUUUUCGCACAUAAUGACCUGUCCGGAAUACUAUGCCCCAAGAGACAAUGAUGCGAAUCAGGACCUGGAGAGUGAUGAGAAGCAGGCACGCAUAAGAUUCCACGACCUUUCUGAUAAUGAAGCGCCACAGAAUGGUCGCGCCGGUCGAACUCAGCGCAGGAUGUCGCGAGACAGCAGCCGCCGACGAAGCAUGUCAGCCGCCAACACUGGCAUCCCUUUAGAGUUCCGAACACUCUCAAUAGGCCUCUCGGAAUCGAAACAAAUUUCACGAGAGUUCGAUGGCAAGGAGGAAAAGCCUCGCACUGAGGAGCUCGAUUACUUCGCGAACCUCGAUUUCCACUCCGUCGCAGCAGAGCAAGUCUUGAAGUCGUUGGAUACCUCAGAAAAACUUGGCCUGGACGCUACAGCAGCAGCAGCGAGUCUCGAACGAGACGGCAGCAACACGUUACCAAAGGUCCGCGAUCAGCACUGGCGCAAAAUCUUUUGGUACAUCUUCGGCGGGUUCUGUUCAAUUCUGUGGUUUGGUGUUAUCGUCUUCUUCCUCUGCUGGCAACCCUUGAGCUCUCCUCCCUCGAUUCCGAAUUUGGCACUGGCUAUUUUGGUCAUUAUUGUCAUUUUUCUUCAAGCAUCCUUCUCAGCCUUCCAGGAUUGGUCCACUAAGCGCGUCAUGAACUCGAUUUUAGACCUGCUCCCUGCUGAAGCCAUGGUGAUCCGCGACGGUCAGGCCAAAAAAAUGCCAACAACUGAACUUGUGGUUGGCGAUAUUGUACAAAUCUCAAUUGGAAACAAGGUACCCGCCGAUUUACGACUUCUCAGCACCUCAGGAGAUAUUCGCUUUGACCGGUCUGUGUUGACAGGUGAACCGGAUGAAAUAGAAGGCGCCAUCAACUGUACGAAUGAGAGUUUCUUGGAAAGUCGAAAUAUCGCGCUCAUGGGCACACUGGUUACCAAUGGCAAUGGAACUGGAGUGGUAGUUCUUACCGGUGGCAAGUCUGUUAUGGGCAGAAUCGCAAAGGCCACUACAGCGAUUGAGGCCAAGCCAACUCUUAUUCAACAAGAAAUCUCCCGCUUUAUCAAGAUUAUUGUGUUCUUGACCGUCUGUCUGGCACUUCUUAUCCUAUUGUCCUGGGCAGGUUGGGUGCGCAUCAAACAUCCUGGCUACAUGUCUGUAGUGGCAAUGCUCAACAACGUGAUGGGAUGUAUUGUUGCUUUCAUCCCAGAGGGUAUGCCCAUAGGAGUCGCCCUGACUCUCAUGAUGGUUGCAAAUCGAAUGAAGGCUGCUAAUAUCCUUCCGAAGGGACUUGCCACUGUGGAGACUCUUGGCUGCGUCAACGUCCUCUGUUCUGAUAAGACUGGAACUCUAACAGAGAAUAAAAUGGUUGUUUCUUCCACUAGCUUUGUUGACAAGCAGUACAGUGUUGAAGACACACUGGAUAUGAUGGCCCGCCCUGGCGCACCAGAGACCUUCAGCGAGUUUCAUAAAGCUGCACUCUUGUGCAACGAUUCAGUGUUUGACCCCGUCAGUAUGGACCUUCCUGUGGGACAACGACAGAUACAUGGCAACGCAACUGAUGCGGCUGUCUUUCGGUUCGCGGAGACGGCGAAAUCAGGGGACGUUUUACGCAAUUCCAACCCUCGAGCCUUCCAGAUUCCAUUCAACUCCAAAAACAAAUGGAUGCUAACAAUGCAUUCAUCAAACAACGGCGACCAGAACACGGACGUCAACCCCCCCGAAUAUGUGGUGUAUAUUAAAGGUGCCCCUGAUGUUCUGCUACCAAACUGCUCUACAUACUUCUCCGCAGAAACAAACAAAAUUCAACCACUAGAUGAGAAGUCGAAGGAGCUUUUCUCCGCAUUACAAGACCGCUUGGCUCGAAAGGCUGAACGUGUCAUCAUUUUGUGCCGACGGUUAUAUACUCCGCAUGAAGUGCUUGGCUCGAAUUACUUCGGUGAUGAGAUCGUCCGCGAAUGCAUCCAGGAUCUCACCAUCAUUGGUGUAUUUGGCAUUAUGGACCCCCCACGAGCCGAGACCGCAAACACCGUUGAAUGCUGUCGUCGCGCAGGCAUCAGAUUUUUCAUGGUGACCGGAGAUUUUGGCACGACCGCCGUCGCCGUUGCUAGACAGGUCGGUAUUAUCACUGGAGAUACAGAACCACAUCUGUACGAAGAUAUUGUCAAAGCCAGGGACAGUAAAAUUUCUCGGGACUUGGUGAAGAUGGACGACCAACCAGAAAAGAGAUUUUGGAGAAGAAAGACGCAUGUUGGCAAUCUACCCCUCAAUGCAUUUCAAGGAAGCUUGGUUCUUGAUGGGACUGGUCUCGGAAAGUUAACCGCUGAAGACUGGGAUAUUGUCUGCAGCUACAGAGAGAUCGUGUUUGCUCGUACCACCCCGGAGCAAAAACUCCGAAUCGUCAACGAGUUCAAAGAUCGAGAGAACGUCGUCGCUGUAACUGGUGAUGGUGUCAACGACGCGCCUGCUCUUCGUGCGGCGCAUGUUGGUGUCGCCGUGGUCUCCGGAAGUGAUGUUGCAAUAGAGGCUGCUGAUUUGGUCUUGCUUGACAAGUUCGACUCGAUAGUUGAUGCCAUUCGACUUGGUCGUGUUGUUUUCCAAAACCUGCAAAAGAUGAUAUCCUAUCUUCUUCCCGCUGGGUCUUGGUCUGAGAUCUGGCCCGUUCUUCUUAACGUCUUUGUUGGCGUUCCGUUGCCUCUCAGUUCCUUCCUCAUGAUUAUCAUUUGUGUCUUCACAGAUGUAUUCUCGUCGAUGGCCUUAAUCAUGGAACAAGAAGAAUUUGAUCUCCUCAGCCUGCCGCCAAGAAACCACAAGCGAGACCACCUUAUCAACUUCAAGAUAUAUGCCCAGUCAUACUUGUUCAUCGGUGUUAUGGAAACAGUAAUGGCGCAUGCCAUGUUCUUUCUCUACAUGUACCAAGCAGCUGGCAUCCCUAUGAGAUCUCUCCUUAUGUUGUUUGAGGGUUACACUGAGGGCUUCUACGGUUAUACCGAGGCCGAGCUCACACAUUUCAAUAAUGUAGGGCAAUGUGUCUACUUUGUCACCCUCGUUAUUUUGCAGUGGGGCAAUCUCUUAUCGAUCCGGAACAAACGCCUUUCCAUCACUCAGGCAGAUCCUAUCCGCAAGGCGCAUCGGAAUGUCUGGAUCCCAUGCGGCGCGCUUACUGCACUCUGUAUUGCCAUUUUUGUCACAGAAACGCCGGCUAUUCAAAAUGUUUUUGGCACCGGCUCAGUUCCUAUCAAGCAUUGGUUGAUACCUCUUGGCUUGGCGACUGCACUUAUAAUGAUGGAUGAGAUUAGAAAGUUGUUUGUCCGCCUGUUCCCUAAAGGUCCUAUCGCUAGAGUUGCUUGGUGAUUGAAUCGAGUCAAAACUCUGAAUUUGAUAGGGAAUGUCCAGGUGAUCACGCCUGUUGACUGACGCCUGUUGACUGACGUGGAGUUUGAGUAGACUAAAAGCUCUUUAAGGCCAUUCUCGUUCUUGCUACAGAGCCAUGGCGAUUUUGCUACGGAAAAGCUUUCAAGAUCAGUACUGUAUUGGAGCAUAGGACGAUGAUAGUGGACUUUAGACUAGUGAAACAAUAGAUAAUCUCUUGCUGAUAUACGAUAGCAAGUUUCGUACUGAAUAAAUUUUACACCGCCGUUUUCUUCU